AUGUCGCAUUGGAACUAUGUGAGAACUCAGUGGGUGAGAAAACGUGUGUCUGAGGCGGGAGGAAGCCACCAGUGUCCACGUGGCUCUCAACAAACAGGAGAACUUGGAGAGGGAACCCCUAACCUGGUCUUUAAUGUCAAAAUGACUAGUACCACCUCGUACCUUCUGGGCACGAGAACAAGGUCAUCCUGGAGGAUCUCUGUAAAUUCCAUGACUGGACAAGCCUUUCCUGGUCUGACUGUAUCCUUUAUGAGAGAAAUCACACUAAAGAGAAAAAUCCAUGAAGUAAGGACCAUGGGGAAUCCAGUAAUAGGUUGGCAAGCUAUAGCCAGCUGUCUCGGAGAAGGCAAUGGCACCCCACUCCAGUUCUCUUGCCUGGAAAAUCCCAUGGACGGAGGAGCCUAG